AUGUCGGGAUCGCAUGCCUCGGAGGGAACUCCGCUUCUACGAGAAUCCUCAACCUACCAAAGCACAUCCUAUCGCAGCGUGAUCAACCACUCGAAUGAUGUGGAAACAGGUUUAUCAAGUAUCGAGGCCGAGAAUGAAAUUACUUUCCCGGUCCUGACUCAAGUCAGUUCGGCACAGCCGAGUCUGGACAUCGAGCCGAGCUUGGAGCGAUAUCCGUCCGCAGGUUCGAGGAGAAAAAGCAAUGUCUCUGCUCAAGAUACACACUUGCCUUCUAAAAAGGAAUCGGAAUAUGCCUCCCAAUUCAUCGGCGUAUCACCCUCGCAAUUCUGGGUGAUUUUCUCCGGCAUCUUGCUAGGCUACGUGAUCGGGUUCUUCGACUCCACCUUAAUUGCGUCAAGCUAUCCGGUGAUCACGUCGUAUUUCCAUGCAGCAAAUUCAGCCUCUUGGCUGUCAACAGCGUUUCUUCUCACGUCCACGGCAUUUAUGCCCCUGUUCGGGCGAAUCUCGGAUGCUUUGGGCCGGAAACCAGUCUAUCUGUUUUCCAUUUUUAUGUUCUUCGUGACUACAGCAUGGUGUGGUUUGGCUCAAAGUAUCGGUGGUUUCAUCGCCGCUCGGGCUUUCUGUGGCCUGGGUGCUGGUGGUGUCUUCUCGAUGGGCCAGGUCAUUUCAAGUGAUCUUGUGCGCCUCGAAUAUCGUGGGGUCUACCAAUCAUACAUCAACUUGUGUCUCGGCAUCGGAAGCUGUACCGGUCUCGCCUUCGGUGGUCUUCUAUGUGACCGGAUUGGCUGGCGGGGUGCAUUUCUCAUCCAAUUACCUUUCAUCUUUGUAUACUUCAUCGUUGCUGCUAUGACCGUCCCGGCAGAACUUGGGAUCAAAUUGGUCGGGUCGGAGCGCAUGACAGUGCGCCAAGUGAUCCGCAACGUCGACUUGACUGGAUCGUUCUUCUUGGUCUCAGCAGUCACCGCGUUGAUUAUGGGUUUGAACCUGGGUGGAAACAUUUUCCCCUGGACUCAUCCUCUGGUGAUAAGCUCUCUGGUCGCGGCCGUUGUCUUGGCCAUCAUACUUGUGCGAUAUGAGCGCCAUGUGCCUCUCGCAGUGCUUCCCGUGGAGCUUCUUACCAGGGAACCUCGAGCUAGUAUUAUCUUCGGCAACUUCUUUGGUUCGGUCUCGGUCAACACGGUGAUGUUCAAUGCCCCUUUGUAUUUCCAAGCCGUCAAGCUUGCUACUCCCACCGACUCGGGCCUACGUCUUCUGGCUGCCUCAAUUGCUGUGACUGCCUCUAGCGUGGGUACUGGAUUCUUAAUUACCUGGUCGAAACGUCUGAAGCCGACCAUCAUAAUCGGCGGUAUCAGCAUGGUGAUCGGAGGACUUUUCGCCGCUUCUAUGGGUAUCACCACUCCCGAUGCUCUUGCCAUGAUCUGCGUCUCAUUCUCCAGUCUCGGUCAAGGGUUCGCCUUCCCGAGCUUGAUGGUCUCGAUUCUGGCAACUAGUGAGCAAGACGAGCAGGCUGUCACUACCACUACCCUGGGAUUGGCGCGUAAUCUGGGCUCCGUGAUGGGUGUGUCAAUCAGCAGCUGGAUUUUGCAAAAUACCCUACUCUACGAACUUGAAGAUAAGGUGACGGGCUCGGAAAAGGCAGAAAUCAUCGGUCUUGUGCGCAAGUCCAUCCGUGCUAUUGCUGACCUAGAUCCGCUCCAUCAACAACAAGGUGAGUUUAUUGCUAUAAGUAACCCCUGCCAUCAAACUAGAAGGCUAAUGAUUGAACAGUCGUCGGAGCAUAUGCUUUGGCUCUCCGUGUAA